AUGCGUUCUGCUGUCAUCGUUGCCGCCUUGGCGGCCGGCGCUUGUGCCAAGGUUGUUACGAAGGACGUUUUCGUGACCGAUUGGACUGUCGUCACCGUCACCGAGACUGUUACCCAGUGGCCCACCGGCACUGUCAGCACCACUCUUUCGGCCAUCCAGGAUCACACCAAGGCCGCCGUUGCUCCCCUUCCCACUACCGACGCUCCCAAGAAUGAUCCUGCUACUGAGGUUGAGACUGUUGCACCUAGCAGCACGACCACGUCGUCUUUGACCACUUCUUCGACUACUUCUUCGACCACCCAGGCCGAAGUUAAGCCUACCACUACUGCCGUUACCACCUCUGCUGCUACCACUUCGGCAUCCACGACCACCGCCGCUGCUACUACCACUGCUGCUCCCGCUCCCGGCGCUGGAAGCUCCUACCAGGAGUCCAUCCUCCACUACCACAACAUUCACCGCAGCGACCACUCUGCCCCCGCCCUGACCUGGUCCACCGACCUCGAGCAGGCUGCCAACACUCUUGCCUCGCGUUGCGAGUACGGACACGACACUUCCAUUGUGUCUGCCAGUGGAGCCUACGGUCAGAACAUCGCAUACGGUUAUGACAAGGCCUUAGUCGGUGAGAAGAUCAUCAGCGAGAUGAUGUACACCAAUGAAGCUCCCUCCUUCGCUGGCCUUUACGGUCAGGCCAGCCCUGAUAUGACCAACUUCUCUGCUUGGGGCCACUUCACUCAGAUCGUCUGGAAGGACACUACCCAAGUCGGUUGCGCUACCGUCAGUUGCUCCGAUCUGAAGAACGUUGGUGGUGCCGCGCCCUACACUGUUUGCAACUAUGGCACCCCCGGUAACUAUGCCGGCGCUUAUGCCGAGAACGUCUUGAAGCCCAAGAGCGCAUAA